AUAUAAAGUAAGCGUGCGCAGCUGAACAAGUCAGUCCCAACUUGGAUCUCGUUAUAGGCUAAACAAACUUUUUGUGUUAAUUCUCCUCUAUUGGACCGUUCAAACCGACAGCUCAACAAUGCGCUUGUUUGUACUACCUUGUCUCGCCUUGUGCGUGGCAAUUGCCAAUUGUGCGCCGGCAGCCGAAAAAGCUGAUGCCGCUGCAGCAGAAACUGCGAAGGACGCCGUCGAGGCAAAGGAUGAUAGUAAAAACGUCGAAAAACGUGGUCUUCAUCUAGGCGACUAUGGACAUCAUCAUCAUGAACACAUCAAGACCAUCACUAUUGAGAAGAAAGUGCCAGUGCCUUACACCGUUACCAAACACGUUCCAUAUACUGUGGAAAAGAAGGUACCCUAUGAGGUGAAAGUGCCUGUACCCGAACCAUACUAUGUCGAGAAAAAGGUACCCGUACAUGUUAAGGAAUACGUCAAAGUACCAGUACAUGUACCAAAACCAUACAUUGUGGAAAAGAAGGUGCCUUAUGAAGUUAAAGUGCCUGUUGACAAGCCCUACGAAGUCAAAGUGCCCGUGCCACAACCCUACGAAGUGAUCAAAAAGAUCCCCUAUGAGGUGAAGGUACCCGUACCACAACCCUAUGAAGUCAUCAAGAAGAUUCCUUAUGAAGUGAAAGUUGAGGUACCCGUGCCCAAGCCAUAUGAAGUGAUCAAGAAGGUGCCCUAUGAGGUUAAAGUGCCCGUAGAGAAACCAUACCCCGUCGAAGUUGAGAAACCAUAUCCAGUCGAAGUAGAAAAACCAUAUCCAGUUGUGGUAGAAAAGAAGGUACCUUAUGAAGUUAAAGUGCCAGUUGACAAACCAUACAAAGUCGAAGUUGAGAAACCUUAUCCAGUACAUGUAAAGGUGCCCGUGCCACAGCCCUACACUGUGGAGAAGAAGGUACCUUACACCGUUGAGAAACCAGUACCAUAUGAAGUUAAAGUGCCCAUUGAGAAACCAUAUCCAGUUUACUCAGAAGUCAAGGUACCAGUGCACAAAGAGAUUCCCAUCCCAGAAAAGUACCACGUUGAAGUGCCAAUCUUCCACAAGGAAGAACAUCAUGACUACCAUCAUGGCUAUUAAAUGAUGAUUUUUAUUUAGCGUGUUCACAAACCGUUGACGAAGAAGGCUGAGUAGUUCUAAAAUGACUAAUAAUGACAUUGUAUGAAAUCACGGCGAACUAGAUGAAGACCACGGAUAAUAAAAAUGUUAAUUGCAACCAAUUGAAAUAAAAUGAAACCGACGAAAUUUGAGAAUUGCCACCACAGAUCGCGAAUACAAGUAAAAACAAGUGGGUAGAAACGAACCGAAGGAAAGGAUUAAGCUUAGUAGAAAAAAAACAGAAAACCGAUCAAGCAACCAAUAAGUUAAAACAUUAGCACUCCCAAUUAGUCCAUCCGAAGGUAAUCACAAAAGUACGCGCGCAUUAAUGUUGAGCUGAACGGGAGUAACACCAAAACAACAACAACCAUGCUGAAGAGGAUGUUAAUAAAGAAGCAUUAGCACGAUAACGAGAACAAGGAGGACCGAUGGCCAGUUGGAAGAAAGGAGAAGUAGUGAAGGAGAGCAGAAGAGCAGAAGAGAAAGGACGUUGUAGUUGAUGUAGACGAAAUGGAAGGGGGGUUCAAUGGGGCAAGCGAGACUGCGGCGCGUAGCUAACAGUUAUGUUUGCUCCGUUAUUUUCCAUUGUAUUAUAAGCCAAAUGUGUUAUAUAUUUUUAUACAACUUGAAAAUUGCCCUAGGCUUAAUAUUAUUUUAUUUAAUAAUAAGUUAAAGAAACACUCAAA